UUCUGAGACCAAAAAAGAAGCCGAGGAGGAGAAACGUGUAAUGCAAUCAGAAUUAGUAGAUAUGAGACAAAAAUAUGAAGAUAUACACAAGGAAAUGAUGACAAUGAAGGCAUGGGUAGAAUCAAUAGGUAAAAGGCCUCAAGACCAUUUCAUACUAGGAGAAGGAAUAUCAUGCGUUCCACAAGGCCUCAAACUAAAAUGCACUGAUCUUCCUUAUAAUGGAUCACCUAAUAAUCAGGCAACCUCUUCUCAUUCUAGUUAUGAAGCACCACCAACUCAGGUGUAUCGAGCUAAGAAUAUCUCAAAGAGAGUCCACGCUGUAUCAAAUAUUAUGAUUGGAACUGAAGUUUACUUGAGGAGUUUAUAAAAACCUCACAAUCAUGUAGCACAAGGUUAUCUUUUGAGUAAAGAUCCAACUACAAGAG